GGGGGCGGGAGGCGGCCCUAGCGCCAUUUUGUGGGCACGAAGCGGUAGCUCGGCUUGUAUCGGGUUUCUCGCUGUCUCAGUUUCCUCGUCGUGCUUCCUAGCAGCGGCCUAGUGGAAAAUUAAGCAAAGAUGUCUGAAUAUAUUCGGGUAACAGAAGAUGAGAACGAUGAGCCCAUUGAAAUACCAUCAGAAGAUGAUGGGACAGUAUUGUUGUCCACAGUUACAGCCCAGUUUCCGGGGGCAUGUGGCCUGCGCUACCGCAAUCCAGUGUCUCAGUGUAUGAGAGGUGUCCGGCUGGUGGAAGGAAUUCUGCAUGCCCCAGAUGCUGGCUGGGGCAAUCUGGUAUAUGUUGUCAACUAUCCGAAAGAUAACAAAAGGAAAAUGGAUGAGACAGAUGCUUCCUCAGCGGUGAAAGUGAAAAGAGCAGUCCAGAAAACAUCUGAUCUAAUAGUGUUGGGUCUUCCCUGGAAAACAACAGAACAAGAUCUUAAAGACUAUUUCAGUACUUUUGGAGAGGUUCUUAUGGUUCAGGUCAAGAAAGAUCUUAAAACUGGUCACUCGAAAGGGUUUGGCUUUGUUCGAUUUACGGAAUAUGACACCCAAGUGAAAGUAAUGUCACAACGACAUAUGAUAGAUGGGCGAUGGUGUGACUGUAAACUUCCAAAUUCUAAGCAAAGCCCAGAUGAACCUUUGAGAAGCAGAAAGGUGUUUGUUGGACGUUGUACAGAGGACAUGACUGCUGAAGAGCUUCAACAGUUCUUUUGUCAGUAUGGAGAAGUGGUAGAUGUCUUCAUUCCCAAACCAUUCAGGGCUUUUGCCUUUGUUACCUUUGCAGAUGAUAAGGUUGCCCAGUCUCUUUGUGGAGAGGAUUUGAUCAUUAAAGGAAUCAGCGUGCAUAUAUCCAAUGCUGAACCUAAGCAUAAUAGCAAUAGACAGUUAGAAAGAAGUGGAAGAUUUGGUGGUAAUCCAGGUGGCUUUGGGAAUCAGGGUGGGUUUGGUAACAGUAGAGGGGGUGGAGCUGGCUUGGGAAAUAACCAGGGUGGUAAUAUGGGUGGAGGAAUGAACUUCGGGGCUUUUAGCAUUAAUCCAGCCAUGAUGGCUGCUGCCCAGGCAGCAUUGCAGAGCAGUUGGGGUAUGAUGGGCAUGUUAGCCAGCCAGCAGAACCAGUCAGGUCCAUCUGGUAAUAACCAAAGCCAGGGCAGCAUGCAGAGGGAGCCAAAUCAGGCUUUUGGUUCUGGAAAUAAUUCCUACAGUGGUUCUAACUCUGGUGCCCCUCUUGGUUGGGGGUCAGCAUCAAAUGCAGGGUCAGGCAGUGGUUUUAAUGGCGGCUUUGGCUCAAGCAUGGAUUCUAAAUCCUCUGGCUGGGGAAUGUAGGCAGUGGGGGUUGGUGGUAGGUUGGUUGGUUGAUAGGUAGGUAUAGAAUGGUGGGAUUCAAAUUUUUCUAAACUCAUGGUAAGUAUAUUGUAAAAUACAUAUGUACUAAAAAUUUUCAGAUUGGUUUGUUCAGUGUGGAGUAUAUUCAGCAGUAUUUUUGACAUUUUUCUUUAGAAAAAGAGGAAAAGCUAAAUGAAUUUUAUAAGUUUUGUUAUAUAAAGGGUUAAAAUACUGAGUGGGUGAAAGUGAACUGCUGUUUGCCUAAUUGGUAAACCAACACUACAGUUGAUCUCAGAAGGUUUCUCUGUAAUAAUCUAUCAUUGGACUUGUUAAAUGGAUUCUUUGCAUGUUCAGAGUAGAAACCAUUGGUUAGAACUACAUUCUUUUCUCAUUUUAAUUUGAAUCCCACCCUAUGAAUUUUUUCCUUAGGAAAAUCUCCAUUUGGGAGAUCAUGAUGUCAUGGUGUUUGGUUCUUUUGGUUUUGUUUUUAACACUUGUCUUCCUUCAUAUACGAAAGUACAAUAUGAAGCCUUCAUUUAAUCUCUGCAGUUCAUCUCAUUUCAAAUGUUUAUGGAAGAAGCACUUCAUUGAAAGUAGUGCUGUAAAUAUUCUGCCAUAGGAAUACUUCUGUCUACAUGCUUUCUCAUCCAAGAAUUCGUCAUCACGCUGCACAGGCUGCGUCUUUGACGGUGGGUGUUCCAUUUUUAUCCGCUACUCUUUAUUUCAUGGAGUCGUAUCAACGCUAUGAACGCAAGGCUGUGAUAUGGAACCAGAAGGCUGUUUGAACUUUUGAAACCUUGUGUGGGAUUGAUGGUGGUGCCGAGGCAUGAAAGGCUAGUAUGAGCGAGGAAAGGAGAGAGCGCGUGCAGAGACUUGGUGGUGCAAAAUGGAUAUUUUUUAACUUGGAGAGAUGUGUCACUCAAUCCUGUGGCUUUGGUGAGAGAGUGUGCAGAGAGCAAUGAUAGCAAAUAACGUACGAAUGUUUUUUGCAUCAAAGGACAUCCACAUCUGUUGGAAGACUUUGAGUUUUGUUCUUAGAAAACCCACUUUAGUUGAAUGUGUUAAGUGAAAUACUUGUACUUCCCUCCCCCUCUGUCAACUGCUGUGAAUGCUGUAUGGUGUGUGUUCUCCUCUGUUACUGAUCUGGAAGUGUGGGAACGUGAACUGAAGCUGAUGGGCUGCGAACAUGGACUGAGCUUGUGGUGUGCUUUGCAGGAGAACUUGGAAGCAGAGUUCACCAGUGAGCUCAGGUGUCUCAAAGAAGGGUGGAAGUUCUCAUGUCUGUUAGCUACUCAUAAGAAUGCUGUUUGCUGCAGUUCUGUGUCCUGUGCUUGGAUGCUUUUUUAUAAGAGUUGUCAUUGUUGGAAAUUCUUAAAUAAAACUGAUUUAAAUAAUAUGUGUCUUUGUUUUGCAGCCCUGAAUGCAAAGAAUUCAUAGCAGUUAAUUCCCCUUUUUGACCCUUUUGAGAUGGAACUUUCAUAAAGUUUCUUGGCAGUAGUUUAUUUUGCUUCAAAUAAACUUAUUUGAAAAGUU